AUGAAGAAGUUCCUGCUCGAGCGCGGUCUCCGCCCACGCUCGGACUUCGCUAAAGCCGUCGGAAUUGAAACUCCGGCCACUCUUGACGAAUUUUUCCUCAAAGCCCAAGCCUACAUACAGUAUGAGGAGAAAGAAGCCGCCCACGCCGUCCACAAUUCCAAGCACGAAGAGAGCAGUAAAAAUACACACCAAGAUGAGUCUCGCCGAGGAACCGACAAAAAGAAGGAUGAUAAAACUCGGGACCCCAAGGACUACAAAGCCCCCGCGGGGAAAUUCCGAGAGUACACCCUGCUGAACGCUUCAAGGGAGCGCAUCUUGAACGAAUGCGCAAACGCCGAGUUUCAGACGGGCAAGGUCCGAUUCCCUAAGAGCUUGCCCGCCCGGCCAAACGUGGAUAAAUCGAAAUUCUGCCGUUUCCACAAAGGCCACAGGCACAACACUGAGGAUUGCAUCCACCUUAAAGAUGCCAUAGAGAUAUUAAUCAGAGAGGGACAUCUAAAGCAAUAUGCGAAGAAGCAGAAGGCCACUAAAGAAGCCAAGCCAGUCACCGAGGAAAAGCCGGCGGAGGAUACGCCCGUCAUGCAAGUGGCCAUGAGCAUUACCAGGCCGGAAGAUUUUUACCUCCCUGACUGGGCCAACGCAGAAACCACUUAUUCCUCCCAUAGCACAUGGGAGAGGUUCCCAUCCGCAAUGGUUAUAUCAGGCGGGGGUUUCAGCAAGAUGACCGUCGGAUCUGUAAAACACAAGUUUGACGAGCUAAUCUCGGCCAGUGCAAACAUGGCCUCGACCUCCGACCAUGCUAAAGGCAGUCCCUCCUCAAUAUCUUUCUAUAAAGAAGAAUGGCCCGGAGGAGCACCUAAUGCGACCAUUCCGCUCCUCAUCCGAGCACGGAUGGCUAAUUUUGACGUGCGACGCAUAUUGGUCGACCAGGGAAGCUCAGUGGACAUCAUGUACUCCCAAUUAUUGAAGACGUUGCAGCUGAACGACAGUCACCUUACACCGUACGUAGGAUCGAACCUGCAAGGAUUCAAUGGCACAGUAACCAAGCCUUGGGGAUUCGUGGAACUCAUAGUUUCGAUCGGGUCGGCAGAGACCACCAGGGCAGUGAAAGUCCAAUUUCUAGUCAUCGACUACCCAUCAAUAUACCAGUGCAUCCUCGGACGCCCACUCUGGCCGAAUUAUUCGCGGUUCCCUCAACCGUACACCUCAAGCUCAAAUACUAUACGACCAAAGGACAAGUAG